AUGGCGCUAGUCGAAAAUGAGUUACGAAAGUGCGGGCGCGUGGAUGAUUCAAAAUUCAAAAAUAGAACAUCCAUCGAAAAACGGAAACGCGGGACGGAUGUUUGGUUCCUGUUAGUGAUCUUUGUUACCGGUUGUCAUGGUUACGAGGAACAGAGGUUCGCGAUGGAGCCGCAGGAUCAGAGCGCGAUCGUGGGAUCCCGAGUAACAUUGCCAUGUCGUGUGGAACACAAGGCUGGGACAUUACAGUGGACUAAAGACGACUUCGGUCUUGGUACUCAUAGGAAUCUCAGCGGAUACGAGCGGUACAGCAUGAUUGGAAGUGAUGAAGAAGGCGACUAUUCUCUCGACAUCCGCGACGUGACGUUGGAAGACGAUGGUACCUACCAGUGUCAAGUUAGCUCGGGUCUUAGUGGUGCACCAGCAAUAAGGUCAAGAUAUGCCCACCUCACUGUCCUGGUAGCACCAGAUCCCCCAAGAAUAUUACAAGGUGCCUUCAUAGAUUCUACUGAAGAUCAACCGGUGGAUAUAGAGUGCGUUUCAGAAGGUGGAAAACCCGCUGCUGAAAUAACCUGGGUAGAUGGAAACCAAAACGUGAUUAAGAAUAACGUACAAAGCAAAGUAGAGUUGUUACCAGACGAACAGAGAUAUAGGACAAGGUCUGUGCUGCGGCUUAUACCCAGUAAAGCUUACCACAACCAGACGAUAACUUGCCAAGCCCAGAACACAGCAGAUAGGGCGUAUAGAAUGGCGACUGUACAUAUUGAAGUAAAAUACGCGCCAAAAAUUAACGUCAGCAUUAAGUCUGGUUCUGUCAACGGCAGAGUUCCAGAAGGUUCUGAAGCCAGAUUUCGGUGUUUGGUUGACGCGAACCCUCCUGCCCAGGUCUAUCGUUGGUACAUCAACAACAAUCCUGUUGUUGGGGACUAUACCGAUGAAAUGAUAAUUUUUAACGCGUCCCGAAAGCAUAAUAAUGCAGCAGUAAAAUGUGAAGUUAGCAACUCCGUCGGGAAAAAUGAGGCUGCCCUGACUCUAAAUGUCACUUAUCCUCCGUCUUUUCGAACGAGACCACGCAACCUGGAAGCAGAGAUAGGUUCAAGUGUAACCCUGAGCUGUGACGUGGACGGUCAGCCUCAGCCGGAGAUCAGAUGGCUCUUUAACGAACCCGGCCGCAUCGGGCAGGUUAAAGGGAAGGCCCCGAACUUGAAGGUGCUGGUAGAAAAGGCAACAGCUGGCCGCUAUAUCUGUAAAGCCAGCGUUGAAGGUUACCCUGAGAUCGAGAGUGAAGCUACUAUCUUCAUAAAAGGACCACCAGAGAUCCUAUCAAACAAAACGCAAGUGGGUUCUGAAGGCGAACGAGUAUCUAUAGAGUGUGAAGCGCUUUCAGUUCCGAAGCCAGACGAUAUCCGAUGGUACUUUGAAGGGAAAGAGAUAAAUUUUAUUCAAGAUCCUGAUUACGCGACGAAAUUAGAUGACUCUUCACCGGAUGGCGUCGUGAAGUCGAGUCUAGUGAUACGACUCAGCCAGGCUAAACACUACGGAACAUACAACUGUAGUGUAACUAAUGAGUAUGGGAAUGCUAAUGCUGCAAUAGUACUUAAACCAUUAAAAACCCUGCCUCUAUUCAUAAUAAUCACCGGAGUAACAUCAGGAAUCAUAUUCUUCUCCGCACUCAUCGUUCUUCUAGUACUCUGUAAUAGACGAAGAAGACAGAAGACACAAAUGAAUGAGAAACCAGAUGUUACAGUUACAACUGGAGAUGCUUAUAAUAAGGAGAGUGAUAGAAGUUCCAAUAUUAGUGACUUGAAGCUACAACUGCCACAGGGAGAUGGCAGUUAUGACUUGGAGUACACCAGUUCUGAUCGCUCAGAUUCCAAGAAUCCAACAGGGCUGCCACUAGCUGGGCCCGUACCGCUCCCAUCGAUACGACACGACGAUCCGAUGUUACAAUUUCGAUACAGCAACGACUAUUCCGAUCAAAGCUAUGCUGACCACUAUUUCAAGAAUCCAGCUGCCUACGUUUACGACUACCCACAAGGAUAUGUACCGCCUCCACAUUUGAGGGUACAAUCACCGCCACAGUUAGAUGUUCCUUCCAGUAGAUCACUUCAAGGUUCAUUGACGCGCAGCAUAGACACCGCAUCGACUAUACCUUUGUCAAACGGCAAUGGAUCGCAGAAUAAUUCAUUGAAGCGUCCUAAACAGGAAGAAACGGACGCAAUUAAUAAUUUAGGACUGCCGGUGGGCGGCGAAGGUCCCCAAGUGCCAGUCCAUCCGCAGUCGGGUAAAGCCGGUGUGGAUUUGCGGUACGCCGCGACAUAUGGCAACCCUUAUCUUAGGAAUAGUUCGCUUGGUUAUCCAAGCCAAGUACACACGGCCAAGCCUGGUUCAACGCCGGCUCCGCCCCCCUAUUCUGCAGUCAGAAAUUCAUUGCAUAUGCCGUCAGGUAACAUCCACCAGGCGACGCAUGUAUAG